UGUGCCUGUCCCAUCUUUCUGGUUUUCAUUAAUUGUUGGCUCUCGGUCAAGCUUGCUUUCCUUCUCUCGUUUUGAACAUCUUGAGCCUGAUUGAUUCCUUCCCCGUUCCAUCUUCCUCUCGCACUCACAUCCACACACAUAAUUAUUAAUUCAUCCUAGAAUCAGCUAUUCCUUCCAGAUGGCCUCAUUCCCUCUCUUACUCUCUGCUCAUUUGGGAGAUUUUCAAGUUCAGCUUGCAUACAAUGGCCAAGUUCUUCAAUUUGACCUUCCAGAAGUUGAAGUAUCCAAGCAACAAGCUGGGUGUUUGCCUUGCGGUCCUACUGCAUCGUCUGGCUUUCGAGUUUUCAAAACUGUUGAGAUCUUGAACAUCUCAAUCUCGCAAGAGCACUCUUUAGUUAUCGCAGCAUGCGCACCCAAGCAUGGUGUUGAUAAGGAAUCUGUAUUAGAAAUAUUCACAUUUAAUGUCAAAGAUUUGGCCUUGACAUCUCAGUGGCGGACCGAUGUACUCAACCAUGUUUAUAAAGGAAUUAAGAAAGGACGCCACUUCAAGAUCCUUGUGAACCCUUUCGGUGGCCAGGGUCAUGCUAAGCGCAUAUGGGAACAUACUGCAGAGCCUUUAUUCAAGGCCGCUGGCUGCACUUAUGACCUUACUUAUACCACUCAUCGAUACCAUGCGAAAGAAAUUGCUCGAGACUUGGACAUUCGCGCUUACGAUGCCAUUGUCUCAGUUAGUGGCGAUGGUGUUAUUCACGAGGUUAUCAACGGACUUAUGGAGCGUCCAGACGCCAUUAUAGCUCAUAAGCUUCCACUUGGUGCUGUUCCCGGUGGUUCCGGUAAUGCUCUGUCAUUUUCACUUCUAGGUGAAAAGCAUGGAGCCCAUGUAGCGAAUGCUGUUCUUAAUAUCGUUAAAGGAAAGGCCAUGCCAGUGGAUCUUUGCUCAGUCACCCAAGGUGAUUCCAGUAGAUUUUUCUCUUUCGAGCUCCAGUCUUUUGGAUUGAUCGCCGAUGUAGACUUGGGAUCCGAGCACCUACGAUGGAUGGGAGAGGCCCGGUUUACUUUCUCUGCUGUGGGCAAGCUGCUGUCACAGGCGACCUACCCUUGCGAACUAGCUUAUAUUCCUGCAGAGAAUAAUAUUAAGAAGAUUCAGGAGCAGUAUAACGAGUACAGGAACCAGCCCGUAAUCUGGGCGGAUCAAACACAUGAUGAACUAGAUCAGGAUCACAGGACGAUUAUUGAUCGAUAUGGACGUGUUUCAGACCCUCUUAAGGAAAAUGAUGGAUGGGUCGUCGAAAAAGACCAUUAUGCGACUGUUGUUGGAGCCAAGCUGCCAUGGAUCUCAAAGGGAUCUGUCUCGCAUCCAGCUGCCCAACCCAACGACGGCUUGAUCGAUCUUUUGAUUUUCCCAAAGGACCUUGGACGUAUGGCAGGAGUUCAGAUUAUGAUUGGAGUCGAAACUGGAGUUCAUGUUUUCCAUGAAAAGGUACGCUAUUUGAAAGUCAAGGCAUUCCGUCUAUCGCCACAGAACCAGUCAGGCUAUAUUUCAAUGGACGGCGAGCAUACACCAUACGCUCCCUAUCAAGUCGAGGCACAUCGAGGACUUGUUUCUGUAUUAAGUAUCGAAGGCCGCUACGCCCGCAGUAUGAGUGGUGGAAGCAAAUAAAUUGACAAAUCUCCACUAUUAUAACCUAAUUAUAUCAUUUUGCCGUAUUGUAUAUAUAUAUAUAUUAAACUAAAAGAG